AUGGAUCGUGUGAAAGAGACUAGAACCCUGGACAGGAAGAAUAUCCUAAUCAAGCCUCGACAACAUCGAUAUAGCUAUACAGCUAUGAUCGAAUUAUCAGAUAAAUAUGUAAAGCUGAAUAUUGCAGUGACAUGGACGAUAGCUCUGGCCCAAGAUAAUUCCAAUGAAGUGAAAGCCAGCCCUGAAGAGGACAAAAGCUCUAUAAGUGAGGAAGAAGGAGAGAGUACAACUGUAAGUGGUGAAGUCACUGGACGAAGAGGCCCACCAGCUGCUGAACAGACAGAGGAAGAAGCUAAAGCUGAAGGGAAAAGCCCUGGAACGAAAUCUGACGAUUCAGCUGCAGAGGAUAAAACAGAGGAAAAGUCAUCGGAUACAGAGGAGGUUUUUGAUAAACAU